AUGGCUGUGGAUGUGCCGCAAGGAAGGCGGGACACAGACGCUUGCCACGACACGGAACCAGCCUUUGAGAUCGAUUUAGCAGUAGCCAGGGACAGCGGGGCCGACAGUGCCACAGCCGCCCUGCGGACCCGACUGACCUCCCUGGCCAGACAAACCAGGGCCAACGCCAGGGGACGGCUGCUGGGCGCCGCGCUGACGCCACGACCCAUGCCGGGUCACUCGGACCCUGCAACACGGGCUACUGAAGGAGGAGUAAUUGAAUCUCUGGAGCUUACCAUCAAUUCAAAUGCCUCCUUAACUGUGUCUUUGGCACAGACUCCUUACUGCAAGAAGCACGGAUACGAUCCCCAGAAUCCCCUCUGUGCCCACAUAAUCUUCUGUGGGAGUAUUGUAAAGGUGAAAGAUUCAGAAGCGGGCUUAGCAAAAAAAGCAUUAUUCAGUCGCCACCCUGAAAUGGAAAAUUGGCCUAAGGAUCAUAAUUGGUUCUUUGCCAAAUUCAACAUCACCAAUAUUUGGGUCCUGGACUACUUUGGUGGAUUGAAAAUUGUGACACCAGAAGAAUAUUACAGCGUCAAGCCUUAGUGGAAGAAGAUCCUUGGUGAUGCUGAUAUACAAGUGAAUUACUUUGGCUGUUUCAUGAAAGAUUUAUUUUUUGUCUAUGUAUUGUAGAGCUGAAUUAAUAAUGCAAAAAAUCAAACACCUUGCAUUGUUAAUGAGCUUGUAUAACCCUUCUGAAGCAAAUGUGAAUUCUCACUAACUAGCACAGCUUGAAUCAUGUCAUACUCAAAAACCUUUGUGCAUAAGCCAUAACUAAAUUUUACUCAUUGGACGUGAUUCCGAAAGAUGUCUGUUUGUUGACAGUCUGCAUUCAGAAAGGCUGUGUUUACUGGAAACUAAAGGAUUAGUCCAGUUCUAAACCUUUCAAUGCCUUAGUUAAAUAAUACCUGUUUGUGAGCACUCCAAUUUUAUUUUUAGUACCAGUUUAGUUUAGAUCUUUAUGGCAAAGUACCACAGGAUGGCUCAGCUGACUGUGGAAUGGAUAGCAUUGCUUGUAUCACAAUGGCAAAUGAUAAGCUGAGUUCCCAAAGUCUGUUCAGAAUUUUCUUUGCACGCGAAUACACGCACUCGUUUGAGCCAUUUUUCCAUUUUACUACCUACAUUGAAUGUGCUAUAGAAUACGAUUGUGUUUAUGCAAACUGUGCGUAUACCUCGUGAUAAGUCCUUGGUAACUCUUCAGCUAGAAGUGUGUGGUUAUAUGCCCUGACUCUUUAAAAGAAGCAGGGUGGUAAUACCUGAAGUAUCUAACUUUAGUAUAAGAAGAGUAGUGGCUUGUAAAUUCAAUGAGAAUGUUGUAAAGGGUGAUGUUUUCUGAUUAGGAUUCUGAAAUCUUCAGCUUUGUUAGUCUGAGCAAAUGGCAAUGUAACAGCUUUUAUUACCCUCAACAGUAGAACUGAGCAGGGUUUUGGUUUUGGAAGCCUUACACAGCAAUUUUGGUUUAGUAACCCAGAAGCAAGAAAGAAGCAAUACCGUAUGACACAGAUGAUUCAUGAUGUGUAGAGAAUGAAAAUUAAUGAAAGGUGUGCAUAAUUAAUUCUCUGCUAAAAUAAGCCACACACAACCACAAAAAAUAAAUUAACACCUUUUUACAUCCUCUCAUCUCCCAUGUGCUAAGUUCACAAAUAUCCAAAAGGGAUUAUGAACAAUUAAGUUGAUUUUACAAUGAGCAAAUAUUACCUAGUUGACAGAGUAAAGAAUGUGAGAAUUUAGACUCCUUAGAGGCAGAUCCAUAUAUAGAACAGUGGAAUUCGUCACACCAAAUCAUCUCUACAUCUUAAUGUCGUUAUUAAUCACUACUUUUUCUCAAAUACUGGAAUGAUUUGUGAAAGUAUUUUUGACGUAACUUACUAAGUUUUCCUUCUCCGCAAGAGGAAAAAAGGUACUUGUUACUGUAUCAAACCCAUUCUGUUCUACUAUCUGAACAUUAAUUUAGGAUCAAAAAACCUUAAAAUAUUACAAAAUGAAUUUUUUACAUACAAAAAUUCAACAAUUUAUGUUGAACAGGUAACACUGACCUUAUAAGGAAGAAAUUUUUUACGCUGAGGGUGGUGAAGCACUGGAACAGGUUGCCCAGAGAGGUGGUGGAUGCCCCAUCCCUGGAGACAUUCAAGGUCAGGCUGGACGGGGCUCUGAGCAACCUGAUGUUGCUAGAUGCUUCUAGUUGCUUCAACUAGAUGUUGAAGAUGUCCCUGCCCACAGCAGGGGGGUUGGACUAGAUGACCUUUAAAGGUGCCUUCCAACCCAAACUAUUCUACGAUUCUGUGAUUAAAUAUGAAAUUGGAAAAUAUUUUUAUAUAAGGCGUAUGGACUUGAUCCUUUCCGUGGAGAUACCUGAAUGCAUUACAUGUCGCUCCGUAACUCCUGAUGUGUGAGACUGAUGAUGCUGGGCUUUUGUUAAAAUUAAAAUAUUUUUUGACAA